CAAACUAAUCCUAUAAUUAUCCCGAAAAGAAUUUCUCAAUUUCCCACAGCACAAUUCAAGUAUGGCUAAGCACAAGCCACUGUCCCUCGCGCUUUUCUUUUCACUCUUCUUCUGCUCUUCAUUCGCUGAAAUCAUUUUCGAGGAGCGUUUUGAAGAUGGUUGGCAGAGUAGGUGGGUGAAGUCUGAUUGGAAAAGGAGUGAGGGAAAAGCAGGAUCUUUUAAGCACACUGCUGGGAAGUGGAAUGGUGACCCUGAUGAUAAAGGCAUUCAGACAACCACCGAUGCUAGGCACUUUGCCAUAUCUGCUAAGAUACCGGAAUUCAGCAACAAGAAUAGAACAUUGGUUGUUCAAUAUUCCAUUAGAUUUGAGCAGGACAUAGAAUGUGGAGGUGGUUACAUAAAGCUUCUUUCUGCUUAUGUCAAUCAAAAGAAAUUUGGUGGCGACACUCCUUACAGUAUGAUGUUUGGACCUGAUAUAUGCGGCACUCAGACGAAGAAACUUCAUGUCAUCCUUUCAUACCAGGGUCAAAACUACCCCAUCAAGAAGGAUUUGCAAUGUGAAACGGACAAGUUAACUCAUUUUUACACAUUCAUCCUUAGGCCUGAUGCGUCAUACAGUAUUCUGAUUGACGGUCGAGAAAGAGAUUCAGGAAGCAUGUAUACAGAUUGGGAUAUCCUUCCUCCCCGCAAAAUUAAGGCCAAGAAUGCAAAAAAGCCUGCUGACUGGGAUGAUCGAGAAUAUAUAGACGAUCCAAAUGACGUUAAACCUGAGGGAUAUGAUUCUAUUCCACGUGAAAUACCUGAUCCGAAGGCAAAGGAGCCUUUUGACUGGGAUGAAGAAGAAGAUGGAAAAUGGAAAGCACCCAAAAUUCCAAAUCCACAAUACAAGGGACCAUGGAAGCCUAAGAAAAUCAAGAAUCCUAAUUAUAAAGGAAAAUGGAAGAUCCCUUGGAUUGAUAAUCCCGAAUUUGAGGAUGACCCCGAUCUGUAUGUUCUAAAGCCUAUUAAGUAUGUUGGUAUUGAAGUUUGGCAGGUGAAAGCUGGCUCGGUUUUUGACAACAUUCUGAUUUGUGACGAUCCCGACUAUGCAAAGAAUGUAGUGGAUGAAAUUUUUGCUAAUAGGGAGGCCGAAAAAGAAGCCUUCGAGGAAGCAGAAAAAGUGAGGAAAGCAAAGGAGGAAGAGGAGGCACAGAGAGCAAGAGAAGAAGGUGAAAGGAGGAGAAGAGAAAGGGGUCAUGAUAGAAGGCCUCGACACAAUGAGCGUCACAGAGAGAGAUACAGAAAGGGUUUACCCCUCUUUACUGUUAUCAGAGCUAAUCUGAAAAUUUACUUUUACAGCGCCGCCAUGAUUAUAUGGACGAUGACUAUCAUGAUGAGCUUUAAAAGUCGGCCCUCUUUGCAAAAUUCGGCUAUUGUUCCAUGAACUCAUUUUCGUAUCCUAUCUAAGUGCAGCAUCACACGAUACUGUCAACAUUUUCUCUUCUAAUGGGUCUUCUGAAACUCGGGACAGGUUCUCGUAGAAUUGAAAAAAUUGAUAUUCUAUUCGAGGAUUGUACUCUGUAACCAUAAGAACACAACAGUUUUACAGAUGCGGACACCACAUUUCUCUUUAUAAAAUUCCAACUUUUUUGGACUAUAAUGCAGCAGUGAUCAAUUAAUUCCCUUACAUUUUUACCGAUCAAUGAUCAUUGAUCAAUUAAAUCUCGCUUACAUUCUCAUUUUAUGAAAAAUGAAA